AUGACCGUCAACAAAGAGCUGCGUCAAAUGGAGUACAAGCAAACAGGCAAGCGCAAAAACCGACUCAAUGAUGAAGAUACAGCAGCUUCACGACCGCGUGCAGUGCGUCAACGACCAGGACUAGAAGAGUCAAGCGCACCGGAAAACAACUCGUCACGCCAAGAAGAAGACGAAGAAACGAAGGAUUCUGGUGAUUCAACACCGCCUGUGUUUUGGCGUGCGAGUGCAAAUGCCGUUGAAGCAGCAGUGGACUUAUCAGAACCCUCAACAUUUGAAGCAGCAGUAAGCGGCCCUGACCAAGUGCACUGA